AUGACCGAAUGCCCUGAGACAUCCUCUCCAACCCGUGAGCCAACAACGGCCGAUCUAACUACUCUUACACCCCUGCGCGCGCACUACCUCAAGAAACAGCUAAUAUCACUGCAAUUCCAGCGCGAGCUCGAUGCCCUCAUCGCAGCCCCCGCACACAAUGUUUCCCCGUUCUCUUACCUGGGUCCGCCCUUCACUCCGCCCCCGAAGGACGCCCCGCGCCUUGAGCUGCCGUUCCUCCGCUAUUGCUUUCGCCGUUUCGUGCUCUCCUUUCCCUUCCUCGCCGCAGCGCCACCAGACUUCUUCCCCGAUAAGCUGCAGCCAUUCAUGGCAUCCAUGCUUUCCAAGAACCUCUCCUCAUCAUCCGCAGCCCUCGACGAGAAGUCUGAAGAUGCAGAGGAGACGGCGCGGAAUAAGCUGCUCACGAAAUUGGAACGCAACGCAUCCAUGCUCAUGACUAGCGGUGUCAAGAUUGUCGAGAAGGAGGAGGUCGUGCGUCUGAGCCAAGCAGAUCUUGACCGCCUAGAAGCGAUCGCACGCAAACGGGCAGCGCGAGAACGGCGCAUGAAGGAUCGCUUCGAGGUCAAUGUCAUCUGCGUUCGGACAGUAACCGAGAAGGGACGCGUGCGGAGUAGGGUGCAUGAGGAAUUUAUUGUACGCACCCGCAGGGGCCAUCAGCCCGAUGUGUAUGUGUCGCGGCGAUACGGUGACUUUAAGACCCUUGCUGCAGAAUUGCGGAAAGCACAUCCAGGCGAGUCAAUACCCGCCCCUCCGGCGAAGGACCGCACGAUUGUCAGUCUGAGCACAAUGACCCCGAUAUCGCCGACGAUGCCGAUGCUGGGUGUGGGCGGCCCAACCUACACGGGUGGCGCAUCACGGCUGGCGCGAGAAAAGAACAGGCUCACUUUGCGGGCUUACCUUCACUCACUCUUGGCGUCCCCGGAGCUCGCAUCGUCCCCCGUCCUGCGCUCUUUCCUGCUCUCUGGUCCGACACAACUGACGGCAGAAGAAAUGGAGGAUGCAAUCAGACGUGAAGAGGCAGAUAAGUUGAGGGAAGACGGCCGCAAACGGUUUGCGAGAGAGAUCGCAGCGCGGGUGGAUGGUCUGCGGGAGGCUGCGCGCAGCGUGAAGGGCGAACUUUUCGCAAAGAAUGGGCUGACGCAUAUAUUCGCGACGAUCAAGGAAACGGAGGACAUUCGUCAGCUGCCAUCAAACUAUCAAGCAGUGAUUGAAUGGGCGCGCAUAUCACUUGCCUCGACUGUAUUCCAGCACUUUGUCGCCGCCGACACUGCGUCGGAAAGCUUCGCUAGUCUGAAACGCAUACAUGGAUUAAUGCCAUACUUCAUGCUGAAGACAAUCCUGAAGAUCAGCAAUCCAAUGGCCAUGAUCCGAGGCGUACUCGACUUAUUCCUCGCACAUCCAUUCGGCGGCAGAAGCUUGUUGCAAAGAAUGUUCACAGGCUCGCUGGUUGAGGAGGCCAAGGCGAUCGAAGAAGAUAUUCAGUCGGUGAAGGACAAGGUCGAAGAUCCUGUGAUCUGCGAAAAAGUCCGCCAGUUUGUCUAUGCGCCACGCGAGAUUCAAUCAAUUUUCAAGGCAGACGCAGCCGAAGAGAAUAUCCACGUUCUGGUCGCUGUCUUGCGCUCCGGUGAAGAACCUGCUCUAUCUCGCGGACAGCUCCAGCGGGUCAUGCGCGCGCACCGUGCGCACAAGGAGUAUGUCAAGUCUCAGGAGUCGCUACAGGACUCUGACGACGACGAGGGUCCGCAGGAUGAGGAAGCGUGGCUAUUUGAGGAUCUCAGCGUGCUCACCAAGCUCUACUCUCGCUUGCGCGACCGCGAGCAGCUCAUCGAGCUCAUAUUCGAGGGCACCACGGCGGAUUUACUGAAGGAUAUCAUUACCAUAUUUUACGCGCCAUUAGCGCAAGUCUACAGGGCGGCAAGCAUUGCGGACUCUCUAGGUGACCUGCAAAACUUCAUGAAUGACCUGACCCGAACAGUAGAGUCGGUAGAGGAGCUCAGUCAGCAGGAUCCUGCCAAGACCGUGCAGAUAUUUAUCGACCUGAUCAAACGGCACGAGCAGGCCUUUUACAGCUUUGUUCACAAGGUCCAUUCGAAGGGCGAGGGCCUUUUUAGCAACCUCAUGCAGUGGAUAGAGCUGUUCCUUACGCUCAUGCGUGACGGCCUCGGCGACCGCAUCAGCCUGGAGUUCCUGCUCCCACACACCGGUAAGGAGCGUGAAGACAUCUUGCGCGAGGUGGACGAAAUCGCCCUCUACCAUUACAAGCUCAAGGUGACGUACGAAGACAGAGUCAGAAGGCGGUUUGGACGCACGCAAGGCCUGAACGAUGCCGAUGCGGAAGAUGAGAUCGCUGCACAGAUGGUCGACGGGGUCGUGAAGGAUCUCAGCUUUGGCGAUCUGAUUCAGGGCGACGCGGAAGAUCUCGCAGCCGAGGAGACAGACUCCGAGGACGACUCGAGCGGCGAUGACUAUUCCAGCGAAGAUGAGGACUCAGAGUCGGACGAGAGCAGCAGUGAGGAGAGCAGCGAGACGGAUUUGACAGAGCGAGAAAACACUCCCCAUCCGGGCAAUUCACCGACGUCGGUGAAGCGCUCGCACACCAUAGCUCACUCGCCUCACGCAUCCCGACCGCCACCUUUGCCUCCCAAACAAGCAAGUCACAAGCAGUCUCUGGAUCUUCCCCAGGAUCGUCCGCCUUCGCAGCCACCAUCGAAGAGGAAGAAAGCACCCGCGCUCAAACCACCAGAACUCAAGCACCUCCCCCACUUGCUUCCUAUCCUCGUUGAGCUUGUACGUCCGCUUCGCGUCUGCUGA